GGGUAAGAAACGCCCUUCUUCAGUUCCUCUUCUUAUGAUUUUAAUGUCCCACGUUUCACUCAUGCGACGAUCUUGUACAGAAGCAUCAUAAAGAGUUUUUAAAGAUUUAUUAGUUGUGUUACCCCCUGGACUCUGUUAUACUUCAUUUAUCUCAAGCAAAUCUUGUUUGCGCGAAUAUGUUCAAUUGAGCAUUGGUAGUUUGCUGGAAAAAUUUAAAGCCUCGUUGUCUUUGGCGACCAAUCAACAUAUCUUGCGCCUGCGACGAUUAACAAAUGCUCAUCGUGCCCUCGAGUUUAGGUGCGAUUUUAGCGCACAAGGCGGGUUUUAGGUUAUAAAAGAGGGACUGGCCUGGGCCUGGGGAACGAGAUGGCCUGGCAGUCUCUAUCUGGCUUGGGGGGUGGUGGUGGAGGUCAAAAUAAUGGAGGUGGUAAUGUUGGUGACGGGGGAAAUCAAACAAAUCAGCCGCAAGGCACUGAAUAUACUCUGCAAGGUAUGCGCUCAGUCGUUGUGUUCGUUUGACUCCAUUAACUGGUGUUUAGGUGUUAUGCGAUUCUUACAAACUGAAUGGCAUCGACACGAGAGGGAUCGAAAUGCGUGGGAGAUCGAGAGACAGGAAAUGAAAAGUCGGAUAGCGAAGUUAGAGGGGCACACUAGAAAACUUGAGGGGUCGAAUGAUAGCUUGAAGAAAUUCCUUACCAUGUUAGAGAGGGCAGCCAAGGAACGAGAAGCACAAUUAAAAGCGAUCAAAUCCGGUGGUACGGCUCCAGUGUCGGGAAAGAAGGAGAAUAAGGAUAAAGGUUCACGUCGUAAGUCAGUUGGAAUUUUAUAAUUAUUGGAGACUAAUAGAUUUAGCAGCUGGAAGAGAGGCACAUAACUCAUUUCUUGAAGUUGAAGGGGAAAAUGAUGCGAAAAAAGCAAUUCAAUCCGAAAAAUCUGGCAUGAAGGAUUUUAUGGAUAAAUCUCAAGGAGAACUCACUUACCUUUUGGUAUCGCCACCCAAUCCUAUGCCACCUCGAGAAGCUCCUCCACCACCUGAAGAGAUUCUACCCUUUGGAGUCAAUCAAGCUCAACAGCAAAACCUCGACGAUAUGCAGCAGCUUUACUCUAGAUCCAAGCCUAUGAGAGUACCAGAACUAUCACGACCUCCCCCAGCGCCUUCUCCGACACCUAACCAUAAUCCACCACCAGUUCCAACCCCAAGUAAACUUUCGGUUCAAAACCCUGAUAAUUCAGCGCCAAGAUUCUUAGCAGAUCAACAACCUUUGCCACAACCUACUCAGCAAGAAUGGUCUUCGCAAUUUAGAUCUCCUGAGAAGGCUCAGGUUUUGGAAGAACCCUUGACAAAACUUAACCAUUCUUACGAUUCUUAUGGACGACCCGUUGAGACAGGAGAAACAGUACAGAAGUCAACUUCGGAUUCUGAUGCAUGGGACUUUAAUGAACCAGCUCAGUCUACCGAACAAGAAAAAAAGAUUUCGACCCAGAGACCGGACACCGAUGUAUUCCCACCAGCGCAAGAUCCACCAAAAUCACCUAUUCGUGGUCUAGGCUCACAUCGGAGGAAAACAUCUUUAUCACGGAGAAAAAGCGGCGAACAUGAACUUUCAUUGAACCCAACACAAAGACCAGAUAGUGGUAGCUUCAAGGUUCGAUUCGGUCUUAGGGGUCAUCUAGAUGCAGUUCGGUCGGUUAUAUUUACUGGAGGUGGAAGUCCUGGAGAACCAGAGUUAUGUACAUCGGGCGACGAUGGUACUAUCAAAAGAUGGAUCAUACCCGCUCGUUAUGAAGACCAGGGUACAUUUCAUGUCAGCGCCAAUGAUUUGGAUAUUCAAAGUUAUUUUACUCAUCGUGGUCAUGCCGGAGCUGUCAUGUGCUUAACUGCUUGGUCUCCAUCGCAGAACUUUGCUAGUGGUGGACGUGCCCAAGGUGAUGGAUGGAUAUUUUCUGGUGGCCAAGACGCUACUGUAAGAGUAUGGGAGAGAGGUCGAGUAGAUCCCAAGGCAACUCUUGAUGGUCAUACAGAUGCAGUAUGGACAGUAUGUGUACUUCCUGGUACGACUGGAACCAUCUUUGGUCAAAAUAAUGCUUUUGGUGGACCAGAUCGGAUUAUCUUAGCAAGUGGUGCUGCAGAUGGCACUGUUAAAGUAUGGUCUGUUAGCGCACCUCCACAGCUUGUAUCACCUUCAGGUGCCGGCAGUCGUAGAGGUGGCCGAGUUCGAGGUAACUCAAUGUCAUCUGGUUCAGCAUUUCCAUCAUCUCCUCAACCAAGCGUCGCCUCAACCUCGCCUUUCCAUUAUACAUUAAUUCAUUCGAUAACCAGGCCUAAUAGCACAGCGUCCCCUACUUGCAUAACACCUUUAGCCACUUCAGGUGAAUCGUUUGUCGUAUCUUAUUCCGAUGCAGCUGUGUUGGUAUACGAUACACGAACUGGUGAAGAGGUUGCUUCCAUGGCAAGUUUGGAGACAUAUAAUGGUACACAAUCAACUGGAGUUAAUGCCAUAGUUGCAACUACUACUGGCCUUGAUAGUUCCUUGAGCUCUGAUUCUAAUCGUGGAAUGUCAGAAGAUGAAAAUAUUGUUGGUGGAGCCACAGGUACGAGUGGUGGUGUUGAAGGUGUUAUAAUCAGUGGACAUGAGGAUCGCUUUAUUAGAUUCUAUGAUGCUAAUAGCGGUAAGCUGCUAUUAAUUAUUGUUGAAAAUCAAUCACUAAUUAAUUUAGGUCAAUGCACAUACAACAUGCUUGCUCACCCAGCAGCUAUUUCUGCUCUUUCAUUAUCCCCUGAUGGUCAUGAACUCGUUUCGGCCGGUCAUGAUGCUAGUUUACGAUUUUGGUCUUUAGACACACGUAGCUGUACACAAGAAAUGACAAGUCAUCGACUAAUGCGCGGAGAAGGUGUAUGUUCAGUCGUAUGGAGUCAAGAUGGAAGAUGGAUCGUUAGUGGUGGAGGUGAUGGUGUCGUAAAGGUCUUUGCACGCUAAAAUGUCUGAUUAUACCCAUAUUCAAUUAUUUUUCUCUGAUUUUCUCCACUUUUUGAGAUGAAAUGCAUCUUAUAUUCGUAUUCUGCAUUUGAUGUGGUAGGGUGAAUGGAUUAAUGGAUGGAUGGCUGGAUGAAUGAAUAGUGUGAUGGUAUUGAAUAAAUGAAUGAAUGAUUCCAUGAAUGGAUUACACUUCAAAUAGGUACCUACCUACUUACCUAGAUACUUAUAGAAGGAUGUCUUUUUACUUAUUUAUUAA